UGCUCCUUUCUCCCUUCUUUCUUCGCAGAUCGAUCGAAAUUUCCACCGAUCCGAUGGCGCUGGGUACCGGAUGGCUCCAAAUUCAUAGCGAUCGGCUCCAGCAGCAGCCGAAACUCGAGAGCGAUCACGUCCUGGAGCAGCAUAAUCUGAUAGGGCGCCUGGAUCAUUUCGAGAACCAGGCGCCUCUCACGGCCGAUCACAGCGGCGUUCAUUCAAGGCUCGAAUUCGAUCCUUCCGCCGAGGUCUUGGCGGCCAUUGCCAGUGCUAGCCAGCAGCAGCAAAUGCCACAGGUAUCUUCCCAGUCGACGCCGGUGGUGAAGAGAAAGAGAGGGCCGGCUGGAACAAGCAGCAGGGAGAGGUCGUGCAAGAUCCCCGCGCCCACCGCUGGCAAGCGAAGCUCGAUCUAUCGAGGUGUCACGAGGCACAGAUGGACGGGUCGGUACGAAGCACAUUUAUGGGACAAAAGUACCUGGAAUCAUACUCAAAACAAGAAGGGCAAGCAAGUCUAUCUAGGAGCUUAUGACGAUGAAGAGGCUGCUGCUAGAGCUUACGAUCUCGCUGCCCUCAAGUACUGGGGUCCGGGCACACUUAUAAACUUCCCCGUAACAGACUACGCUAAAGACAUUGACGAGAUGCAGAGUGUCACAAGGGAGGAGUAUCUUGCGUCGUUAAGAAGGAAAAGCAGCGGGUUCUCUAGAGGUGUUUCAAAGUACCGAGGAGUGGCCAGGCACCACCACAAUGGACGAUGGGAAGCUCGUAUCGGUCGCGUGUUCGGGAACAAGUACCUCUACCUUGGCACGUACAGUACUCAAGAGGAAGCUGCAGCAGCCUAUGACAUGGCUGCCAUAGAAUACAGAGGCCUUAAUGCAGUAACCAAUUUCGACUUAAGUCGAUACAUUCGCUGGCUGAGGCCGAAAGCUGGGGCCGUGGCACCAGACGGCGAGGAGUUUCAAGGCAUGCCCCGAGCAGAAGCACCAAACCAGCAACUGUGGCCACCAAUUCAACCCGGAAACUAUGCAGAACAGCAGCUUCCGCUACUAGGAUCGUUGGGCCUCGCUUCUUACGAUCACGACAAUAACAAUCAUCGUAGCAACAGCAACCAAGCUCAAAAGAAGGACGCGUCGCCAACGGCCCUGGGGCUGCUGCUCCAGUCAUCAAUGUUUAGGCAAAUGGUCGAAAAGACGUCUGGUGCGAGCGGGCAGGAACUGAGCAUGGACGUUGGUGGUCACUAUCUAGCUGCUUCCGAGGUGUACCAACCAUCUAGUAGUGACGUCCCAGACGAGGAACCGGAUGCCCGAUACUCGUUCCAGCCGGAGACUUAUACGUUUCUCCAGAGCGAGAGUCUCCAUGGACAAGAUGAUGGCUCCAAUGACCAGCAAUCGGAGCAGCAACAGCAGGAAAACCAGGCCGAGCCAGCCGCUGAAGAAGUUACUACAACAGAUGAUCAGGGCCUCUCAUUAUGGAGCACGUAUAACGGAUCAAGCUGCAGUACCCUGCCAUUGACAAGCGCGAUUGGCUCCUGACACGAGACAAGCCUCAUAACUUAAAUCACCUCAUCAAUCAGUUAACAGAUCAAUGUAGCCAGAGAGGAGGAAGAAGCAUAGAAUAGAAGUGACAUUCACGAGAAGUCGGCAUCAGCAGGAAAAGCGACGCCUUGGAUGGGAUCA